AAUGAAAAUGAAGCAGUGGAUAAAGCAAACAAGCGAGAAUCCUUGCUCUCGUUUCUGGACUACUUGAAGUUAAGUGUUGCGACUUUCGUGUGAACACCGACACUGGGUAGACUACUAGGGACUACAACCCAAGUACCCAACUUCGUUUCAAUCUCUAAAAAUGGCAUCUUCGGUUCAGCAGUUUGCAGGCCUGAGAUGUCCAUCUCUCUCCUCCUCUCACCUCUCCAAGCCCUUCUCUCCAAAGCCCCAAAAGACUGCCUUUUCCCCCAUAGUCUCUGCUGUGGCCAUUUCAAAUGCCCAGACUAGAGAGAGACAGAAGCUCAAGGAAAUGUUCGAAGAAGCAUAUGAACGAUGCCGUACCGCUCCGAUGCAAGGUGUAUCAUUUACAUUCGAAGAUUUCGAUGCCGCACUCGAAAAGUACGAUUUCAAUUCCGAAAUUGGCACCAAGGUAAAAGGUACAGUAUUCUGUACAGAAGCUAAUGGAGCACUAGUUGACAUUACUGCAAAAUCUUCAGCUUACCUACCUGUGCAAGAGGCAUGUAUUCUCAAGAUUAAACACGUAGAAGAAGCUGGCAUCAUUCCUGGCUUACGAGAAGAGUUUGUAAUUAUUGGUGAGAAUGAAGCUGAUGAUAGCUUGAUCUUGAGUUUACGUUCAAUCCAGUAUGACCUUGCAUGGGAGCGAUGUAGACAGCUUCAGUCUGAGGAUGUGGUCAUCAAGGGUAAGAUUGUUGGUGGAAAUAAAGGUGGAGUGGUAGCAGUUGUAGAGGGCAUUAGGGGAUUUGUUCCAUUCUCACAGAUAUCAUCAAAAUCAGCAGCGGAAGAACUCCUGGGUAAGGAGCUUCCGCUGAAAUUUGUGGAGGUUGAUGAGGAGCAGUCCAGACUUGUCCUCAGUAACCGCAAGGCCAUGGCUGACAGCCAGGCACAGCUUGGGAUUGGAUCAGUUGUUACUGGAACUGUGCAAAGUCUGAAGCCGUAUGGUGCCUUCAUUGACAUUGGUGGGAUUAAUGGCCUUCUCCAUAUCAGUCAAAUUAGUCAUGAUCGUGUUUCUGAUAUCUCGACUGUCCUUCAACCUGGUGACACCCUCAAGGUUAUGAUACUGAGCCAUGAUCGUGAGAGGGGCCGGGUGAGUCUGUCUACCAAAAAGCUUGAACCCACGCCUGGAGACAUGAUUCGCAAUCCAGAGCUUGUAUUUGAGAAGGCAGAGGAUAUGGCUAGAACAUUCAGACAGCGAAUAGCCCAAGCAGAAGCCAUGGCCCGUGCUGACAUGUUGAGGUUCCAGCCUGAGAGUGGAUUGACCCUCGGCUCUGAUGGAAUCCUUGGCCCGCUUACACCAGAUUUGCCAGUUGAAGGUCUAGAUUUGAGUGAAGUUCCACUAGCUGUAGAAUCCUAACUGAAAAGUACACAGAAGCUUGGAAGGAUGUAGCUUAAAAUUUUCACCAAAUAUGAUUAUUUAUCCUGUACUAUGUUGCAUAAAAUGAACAAAUGAGUUUCUAUGGAAAUUAACACUCUCAUGCUCUCCUCUUUGUCCACUGGAUUGUCCAGACAAUAGGAGCUGGGAAGGAAGAAAUGUCAUUUGCAGUUUGAAACUUCUCAAGAUGAGUUUUGUAACAGUGCCAGCCAAAAGGGUUUUGCUUCUGCUCUUACCUCUUGAAAAAUCAGAGGCUUUGGUGGAAGUUUGCACAGUCGGUUUGACAUCAAGAUCUCCUUGUAAAAUAAAAUCAUCAGACUUGAACUUAAUGGUAGUAAUGGUUUAAUCUUUUGUUGCUCAA